AAAACCAGAUCUGCAUUCAGCAACAACGUCUGUGUGGCCUACGACCUUCUGAACCUCACGGGGCCCCGCAGACGUGCAGCUGAGGCUCCUGAGGGCCCUGAUGGUUCCUGCACCAACAGCCCGACAGAAGCCGGAGGAGGAGGAGUGAGAGGAGGCCUGUACACACAGACUCUGCAGUGCCUGUGCAGUGAGGGAGGAGUCCCUGCCUCCACCUCCGCCCCGCUCCUCCGACGCCUCCACUGCCAAGACCACGAGGCUGUCCCUUAUGACGUCUUCCGUCAUGGUGUGCUCACAUGUGCAGUUUUCUCAGACUACAUCCGGCAGGCUCAGAGGCUCUAUGCUGAGGUGUGUAGCCCAGACGAGGGGCCUGCGUCGCGGCCGCUGUGCCUGGCCGUGCUCGGGACCUUAAAGGAAGCUCUGGAGACUUCCCAAGGAUGUGAAGCAAACUGCUGCGUUAAUGCUAAUAGUAAAGCAAAUUCAUGUCUGGAGGCUAACGUGAAGGCUAUACGCUACCUGGAGGCCAGUGCCAAGAUCUCUCCGUACAAGCUGGGUCAGGCGAUGUCCGGAGCGCAGACACGGGGCCCGGGUGGAAAUAUGGACGCCAAAGAGUUUGAGAACGCAGCUGCAGAGCUCUUUAUCACCCGUGUUAAACUUGUGUCAUAGGUUUCCUGUCUGUCUUUAUAAUUUAUGAAUGUAAAGCAAUCUGAAGUAUAUCCUCGAGCAGUGAUACUCAACUUAUGGCCCGCAGACCAAAUCAGGCCCCUGAUCAGGUGCCACAUGGCCCCCAAACCGUUUUCAAAUUAAAUAAUUCACCCUGGGAAUAAUUUUGUACUUCUAGUUUACAUAAGGUGCCAGAGUGCAAAAAACGGCAUGCCAGUGAGGAUCCCCGCACCCCUCAGAAGAGGUCCUAUCUAAGCCCCUGAUGGCCCCUGGCCUCCUGUCAUUUUGCAAAAGCGGCCCCCUGGAAAAGCAAGUUGAGUGUCCCUGCCCUCGAGUAAAUCUCGUCUUUGUACGUCCUCUCACCUCUAACCUGCACUCACAGAUUUUACCUCCACUCACUAAUGAAAGCUAUGAUUUCACUGUUUGGAAGAUGACACUAAUUGUAAAACAUAUUGUUUGAUGUCUGUUAUUGAACUCAUUAAAGUGGACCAGAUGAGAAAUCGACAUCUGCAGUGAA